AGAUCGUCCCCCCGGGGAGACUCCCAGUAGGGGCCGGGGCAGAGAGACGCCUUCAGGGCCAGAAACCCUAGGAGGCAAAUACCCCUGGGAGAUAUUACCGCCACCCCCCGCCCCAGAUAGAGAGCGCCUCGCAGAGCGGGGACGAGGACAGACUGUCAGAGGACAACGCCCCCCAGGCCUCCUGGGAGACCCCGGAGCGACCCCAGGGGCGACAAGGGCCUUGUGCGGGCCAGGGCGACCUCUUCUUGGCUGGGGACGAUGGGGACACGGGCCCCGCAGGGCCUCCUCCUCCUUCUCUUGCUCCGGCUGCUGCUGCCACGCGGGACCUCAGCUGGGAGCCUGCAUAACCCAGGCCUGUCCGAGUGCUUCCAGGUGAAUGGCGCAGACUACCGCGGCCACCAGAACCGCACAGGCCCGCGCGGGACUGGCCGCCCGUGCCUCUACUGGGACCAGACGCAGCAGCACAGCUACAGCAGCGCCAGCGACCCCCACGGCCGCUGGGGGCUGGGCGCGCACAACUUCUGCCGUAACCCAGAUGGUGAUGUGCAGCCAUGGUGCUACGUGGCCGAGACAGAGGAGGGCAUCUACUGGCGCUACUGCGAUAUCCCAACGUGUCAUAUGCCUGGGUACCUGGGCUGCUUCGUGGACUCCGGGGCACCCCCGGCCCUCAGCGGCCCCAGCGGCACCUCAACAAAGCUCACGGUCCAGGUGUGCCUUCGCUUCUGCCGCAUGAAGGGCUACCAGCUGUGCGGCGGUGAUGGGCGCCUGGGCAUCUACGAAGUGUCCGUGGGCUCCUGCCAGGGGAACUGGACUGCACCUCAAGGUGUCAUCUACUCCCCGGACUUCCCGGACGAGUACGGGCCGGACCGGAACUGUAGCUGGGCGCUGGGCCCCCCGGGCGCCGCGCUGGAGCUCACCUUCCGCCUCUUCGAGCUGGCGGACCCGCGCGACCAGCUGGAGCUGCGCGACGCCGCCUCGGGCAGCCUGCUCCGCGCCUUCGACGGCUCCCGCCCGCCGCCGCCGGGGCCGUUGCGCCUGCGCUCCGUCGCACUGCUGCUCACCUUCCGCAGCGACGCUCGCGGCCAUGCGCAGGGCUUCGCGCUCACCUACCGCGGGCUGCAGGACGCCGACGACCCUGCGCCCCCCAAGGGCUCGGCCCAGACCCCUGCAGGGCCCCCCGACGGGGCCAACGUGAGCUGCAGCCCCCGGCCUGGGGCUCCAGAGGCCGCGAUUGGGGCCCAGGUCUUCUUGACGGUGACGGCCGUCUCAGUGCUGCUGCUGCUGCUGCUGUCGCUGCUGCGCCUGCUGCGCGGACGGAGCUGCCUGCUGGCUCCGGGUAAAGGGCCCCCAGCGUUGGGGCCUUCCCGGGACCCCGCAAGAAGCUGGGCCGUUUGGUACCGCCGGCCUCGAGGGGUCGCCCUGCCCUGUCCUCCUGGGGACCCCCAGGUUGAGAGUCUAACCGCGAGUUACCGGCCAUUGAGCGCCUCCAGCCAGAGUUCCCUGCGCUCACUCAUCUCUGCUCUCUGACUCGGGACCCCCAGGGUCCACUGGACCCUCCUGCAGCGGGAUAGACUCCUGAGACCCUUUGCCACACACUGCCUACCUUGGCCUUCUGCCCCUUUGAAGUUUGGCAGCUCGGCCUCUAGUCAUCUCAAGGAGGCCAGACGUUGGACAGGAAGCAUCUGGUGCUAUUAUUGGGAACUUCACCUGACCCUCGGGGUCCAGAUGGUCAAGGCCAAAGGGCAAGAGGAAUUCGACUUCCCUCAUAAACCUGGAUACCUGGGUCUUUGAGCCCCUUCUGGGGUGGUUCUGGACUGCUGCCCAAAGUGAAAUGUGAGAGGUCAACAAAAGUGGUCAAAAGACUAAUCAUAGAUUUUGAAUAAAAGACCUAUUUUGGUACAGGGCUCCGGAAUUUCUUAUGUGUGGGAAGAGCUAUGAGGGUACAGUGCCAAGAGUGGUUGUGUACAUGCAAGUUAAAGGCGUUCAUCGCAAAGAGUUUCGUGUAGCAGCCUGGAAUGCAGAGGAACCGCGGAGGCGGAAGGAUGAGU